AUGGCGCGUUUUGAGUGUCCCCUGCGACUGGAGAAGGGCUUUAUUUUGGACGGGGUGGCCGUGAGUACAGUGGCUCGCGCCUAUGGUCACUCCAGGCCCAAGCUGUGGUCAGCGAUUCCGCCCUACAAUGCACAGCAGGACUACCACACCCGCCGAUACUUCCAGAGCCACGUGGUUCCGCCCGUUUUGCGGAAAACUUAUCAGGAUCAUGGCGGUACAGGAAGGGAUGGCUGGAUAGUAGAUUAUUUCCACAUUUUUGGGCAAGGACAGCGAUACCUCAACAGAAGAAACUGGGCAGGGGCAGGGCAUUCCCUCCAGCAGGUGACUGGGCAUGACCACUACAAUACCAAUCUGAGGCCGAUAACCAUGGGAUUAAACGGUCGGUUUGGCUACCGCAGGAACACCCCUGCCCUGCGCCAACACACAUCCGCGUUUGGAGAGGUCACUCCUUUCCCUCUCUUCUGA